AGCCCAAAAGAAAAGAAAAAAGAAACAAAACUUGUUACUCCUCCUUUGUACGAUUCAAUUCAUCAUCUCCGAUCUCUUCCUCCUCCUCUGAUCUUCCAAAUCUCCGGCGAUGUACGUUAGAGCACUUCCGACGACGGAUGUGAAUCGGAACACGGAGUGGUUCACGUAUCCUGGUGUUUGGACUACUUAUAUUCUCAUCCUCUUCUUCUCUUGGCUCCUCGUACUCUCCGUCUUCCAUUGUUCUCCUGGCAUCGCUUGGACCAUCGUUCACCUCGCUCAUUUCACCGUCACGUAUCAUUCGUUCCAUUGGAAGAAGGGAACACCGUUUGGGGAUGAUCAAGGAAUCUAUAAUAGGUUGACUUGGUGGGAACAGAUUGAUAAUGGCAAGCAGCUUACACGUAAUCGCAAGUUUCUCACCGUUGUUCCUGUUGUCUUGUAAGUUCCCUUUCCCUUUCAUCUCUCGAGGAUCUUCUUGUUUCCCCAUUAGGGUUCAUAAUGGUUGCAGGUAUUUUUGCAGUUUAGUUUGUGUAGGAGAUGCUCUGAUCUUUUAAUUUGCCAUACUUGAAAAAGUGAUGCUUUUUGUUUUGUUUCUGUGCUCAUUUUACCUCUGGUUAUGUAGAGAUGCUCUCAACGAGCUUAAUUUACUUACCCCUGCCUGUUUAAUUGCAAUUCGAUUUUUUUUUUUUUUUGGUAAAGCGGUUGUUUUUUGACAAUCUGAUUGGCAUUACUACUAUACAGUUUACAUUUAGGCAUGGCAAUAAAUUAUUCUUGCAUUUACAGAAGGCCCUAUGAGUCUCUUCGUUUUGAAUUUCUGUUUGUUGAGUAGUGCGCUUCAAAAGUGUCACUUUCUGUGUUCUAAUCCGUUUCACUGAUUAGGGUUGGAUCGAAGUUCCCUAUUAUGAUUGAUAUCAUCAGUUUGCUAUAAAAGGCUUCUUUAGCUAGUGCCCUCCUAGAACAUUAGAUGUGGAUUUUAGGUCUAGGCCAUUCAUACGAGACGUAAGGCCUGUUGUGAGAUUUGCUGAAUCUCUCUUAAAGAAUGUUGUU